AUGCCAAACAUAAAGAUAUCCUGGAUUAAAGCCCACGCCGGAUAUGCAGGUAAUGAGAAAGCGGAUAGACUUGCCAAACAAGCUACUGAUUCAGACAGCCCUAUCCAGCCCGAACCAUACCCAAUUUCAUUCAUAAAGUCCAGUCUAAGGCGAACCAUGUUGGAAAAGUGGCAAACGGAAUGGGACAAUGGCGAAACUGGAAGACUCAUCUACCAGCUUCUUCCAAAAGCCACUCAACAACUUACGCCCUGGAGAAGGGAAGAAAUUCUCUUCUUCACAGGCCAUGGCCCAUUUCCCACCUACUUAAAAAGGUUCAAUUUAGCAGACGAACCUUACUGCACAUGCGGCGAAGUGGGGUCACCACUCCACUACGCAACAGAAUGCAUUUUAACUACAUCUUAUCACCUAACGAAACCGUCAGCUAACCUUCAACAGGCCUGGUUCUACAGGGUAGCAGAUAACUCUCUCAGCAGGACCAAGAUCAGAAAAAUGGUUCAAUUCCUGCAUGAAGAGUCACAACUGUUCAGAUACUGA